AUGGCAUGCUUAGAAAUGUACAACUCCAAUGGUGGUGGUUGUGGUGCUCCCAUGAGUCCUAGAAUCUCUUUCUCUAAUGAUUUCGUUGAGAUUAGGCCCGAGACGACGAAGACGACGAGGUCAAGCCCUUUAUCCAAACCAGAGGGCUCUUCCUCAGCGUCUGAUAAUUUCGAGUUCUCUGUCUCCAACUACACAAUGAUGCCUGCUGAUGAACUUUUCUCUAAAGGAAAGCUUUUGCCUUUCAAAGAGACUAACCAAGUUCAGAGAACAUUGAGAGAAGAGCUUCUCGUUGAAGACGACGACCAAGAAGAAGAAGAAAGUCGUCGUGAUGCUACCAAUAUCUUCUCUCUCAGGCCACCGAUCUUCUCAUCAUCUUCUUCUUCCUCUAAGGGAAGGUGGAAAGGGCUUUUGGGCCUCAAGAGGACCCAUGUUGGGUCUAAGAACAGUGAAGAGCGAUUUGUUCAUACGAUCAACAACAAACAAUCUCAGGAAGCUUUGGGUGGAAGAGAAGGGUCAAGUUGA